CGGCUUGAGGCUGCAGAGAGAAAAGGAAGUGAGCGAUCAGAAGCAUUGUAGUUUACACCGUGGUUGUGUCUGUCGUGUCACACCGCUUUCAGGACUUUUCUGUCGGAGAUGUCACAUGCAUGGAUGAUGUCCUGACAUGAUCUGUAAUGCACUGAGAAUGCACUGGGUUGCGGAGAGGCCUGGAGCUACCUCAUGGAUUUACCAGGAUGUUUAGGUCCAUACGCAUGAGCUGUAUCUGAGUACAGAGAUGCCUUUGAUGAUUGUGGAGACGAGCUGCAGCAUGAUUGGCUGGUUCUUUCUGUAUGUGCUGCUGUGUCACUGGAACAGAGCGAGAGAUUGUGAGUGGAACUGCAGACUGGUAACUCUGCUCCACGGCAUCCUGAUCGUCUGUGUGACUGCCUACAUUGGCUUCAUUGCUGGGCCAUGGCCUUUCUCACACCCCGGUACUGAAAACACAUCUCUCCAGAUCUUGGCUCUUGUGCUCAGCUUAGGAUACUUCCUCUUUGACAUGGCUUGGUGUGUGUAUUUCCGCACUGAGGGUCCGGUGAUGCUGGCCCACCACACCAUGAGCAUCUUUGGACUCGUGCUUGCACUAGGGCUGGGAGAGUCGGGCAUCGAGACCUGUGCUGUCCUGUUCGGCAGUGAGAUCACCAACCCGCUCCUGCAGGCCCGCUGGUUCCUCAAGCGCAUGGGCCGCUAUGAGAGUUUAGCAGGAGACGUGGUGGACCUGCUCUUCAUUCUUCUGUUUGCCUCUGUGAGGAUUGGUGUUGGGAGCAGAAUGCUCUAUUGUGAAUUAUCCUCUCUGAAGCCAUCGCUCGUCGUGAAAGUCGGUGGAGUGGCUAUUUACACUCUCUCCUGGAUCUUCAUGAUAGACAUUGCACGUUUUGCCUGCAAGAAAACUCGCACCAAAUACAGGCGAUGGAAGGAACAGUACAAGUUGAAUGAUGCUAAUGGACAUGCUGUUAAAGUCAGAUAGGCCUUUCUAUGCUUUAGGACUGGGGAAAUAGAAUUUUUGCUGAUAUAACUAAAAAUAUUUUGUUAAUUUAACAGGGUUACAUUUUAAUGGAUAUUUAAAAAACUCUCUAUAUCUAAAACAUACCUACAAAAAUGUAAAUCCAGUAUGGCUAUUCCUGUCAUUUCUGACUUUCUCAAAUUGGAUUUACUCUGCAAACUGCCCAUGUCAUAUAAAGAUUUUUCCUAAUUUCCAUGACUUUUCAAAGACAUAUUAUGAUAUUACUAAUUUCCACUAAAUAUUAAUAUAUUAUUAAUUUCCAUUACUUUUCAUAACUAAUAUAUUAUUCACUUCGGUGACAUAUUAUGAUUUUUUUAUUUCCACAACUGUUGCAUGACACUCUAAGAAUUUUAUUUUCAUGACCUUCAUUAAAUCAAGAUUUUUUAAUUUCCACAAAUUGUCCAUGAUAGGAUUUCAAUUUUCACGACUUUCACAUCACAUAUUAAGAUUUUAUUAAUUUACAUUUUUAUUACUUUCCAAUGACAUAUCAAGAUUUUUUAUUUUUUAAGGUUUAUUAAGAUUUCAUAUUAAGAUUUUAUUAAAUGGCAUGAAUUUUCUAUCAAAUAUUAAGAUAUUAUGAGUUCUCAUGACAUUUCCAAAACAAGCAGGACUUCCUCAGACAGAACAGUAUAAAGGCAUUACACUCUUGGAACAAAUCUUCUAAUGCCAUUGAGUCUGUCAGUGGGAGAAGGUGUCCUUGCUCAAUGUCAUUGCCUGUUACUGCAAAAGACACCAGUGUAUUUCCUCAGCAGGCAGAAGGGAACUUCAGUGAUAUUUGGAGACCAAAUACAAUGCUGCUUCAAAUUAGCAGAAGUUUGAAAGUAACCCAAACUAACCACACUCACACAGUUUCUUCUCAGGCAUGUCUGCUGAAUGUCUGCUUCAAAUUCAAUUCACCACUGACAUCUUGAUCUUGAGGAUUUUCAAAUGCAAGUGGUUUCUUGUAGCACUGCAAGACUAUUGGCUUCCUGUAUAAUUCAUACCUGUUUAUCCUCAAAGCUGAUGAGUUAUUUUUGCUGGAUUUAAAAGAAUAGAUUUAAGCAACUUAAAGGGAUAGUUCACCCAAAAAUUACAAUUCUGUCAUCAUUUACUCACAAAAGUUGUUUGAUAUCUGUAUGAGUUUCUUUCUUCUGCUGAAUAGGUAUUUUAAUGAAUGUUGGUAACCAAACAGUUGAUGUUAGAAUUGACUUCCAUUUUAUUUUUUACCAUACUUUUGAAGUCAGUGGCUACCAAAUAUGAGUAAACUGUAAUAGAAUUUCCAUUUUGGGGCAAACAAUCCAUUUAAACAUUUUGUGUGAUCUGUUUGAACUGGUACUCUUCUCUCUUACCUAAAGCAAUGGUUUUGUUAAAGAACAGACCCUAAACAGGAGGCAGGAAGCAUUAUGUAUGUGAUUGGUUGAAAUAGCCAAUGUAUCCACAGUAAAAUUUAAAAAUGGCAAAAAAAUGCAAGAAGGCUGUAUAUAGGGCUGUUUACUAUGCAGAUCUUUUAGACAGUAUGCAUGAGUCCAUAUGAAUAAAGUCUUGCUGCACAAACAAAA